CGAACAAUUCACCUGUUUGUCUGCAGCCUUGCGCGCAACACCAGCGUGGGAGAGUUGCACACAGACUAACUACAGAACAAUAAUGGAGGAGGCACAUGGCUCUCAGAGACUGGGUAGCCCACGUCGCGUGCCGAGGGAUCCUCGUGGCGCCGUUACCAAUAUUCGAUGCGUGCGGUGGACGGUCUCUGAGGACCAGACGGACGACCAGGCCGCGCAGAGGAGGCGCUGUGUUGCGGCUGAGGGGGGACUGGCGGUGGUGUCUCGGCGGUCGUCUCGGGCUACCGGGCGCCUUGAUAUUCGACAGAAGCAGCGGCAGCAGCAGGAAAUAAAGAAAGACAACUUACGGAAGAACUCAUUGCCAAAUCCAAGAGUCACACCUAAUAUCAGGGACAGGAUAGAUGGCCUGGCGGUACACCAAAGCGGCGGCUAUGACCCCCUGGCCUCGGCGGACCUCAUCGACGAACUGGUCCGAGAUAUGGACGCAGUAGGCCCUAUGAAGGAGGGAUUAUCCAAGUACUGCCUCAAGUACUCGAUGUUGUUGCGGCUCCUCGAGAAAGAGAGGAGGUUGGCGGCCCGCAUCCGAAGUGACCAACUCAACCGCCAAGUUGCGAAUAUGAUAGACACACUGAGAACCGAGGUCGAGAACCAGAAGUGGCUGGCGUAAGGAGGAAAGCUCUGAGGAAAGAAGAUGAAGAAGACCGAGAAAAGGGCCAAGAGCCCAAGCCCAUCUGAGGCUAUAAACAUAGGUGCUACAGGAAGUGGUGGUGGUUGCCCUGCCACGCUCAGUGGCUCAGUAAAGUUACGUCACUAUGCCCUGGCACAUUACGUGGUAAUGCCAACAGAAAGGAUUAUGGGGGAAUAUGUGAGGAUGGUAGCUCGGUGGUCUUUUUUUCUUGGGGGGGGGAGGGGGCCCGACAAGUUGUGCCGUAGAUGCACCACGGGUUCUGGGCCUAUGAAAGACGACACCCCAUCGAUCCAUGGCCACGCUACUGUGCCAGAUCGAUGGAUCUGUGUAAACGCAGUGGCCGCCGCAACCCCCUUGCAUGAUGGCGGUGCAGUGCGAGUCUUGCUGGGCCAAGUUUGCUGUUGGGAAUGCGACGUGCGACGUGAGGCUGGAGUGGCCGCGCUCGUUAUAGUCAUCCCAUGUUGCAACUGCGGGGUGGACAGAGCGGAGGAAGGGAUCCAUGUAGAGAAGACAAGAUAUGGUUGGGGUCGUGAGUAGGGGCUGAGAGAGCGGAGAGAAGAUAGAAUCAUGAGGGACCCAACCUCGUUGUGAAGCUAUUGUUGUUCUUUCG